AGGGGCGGGACCAGGCUCGCUGCGCGCGCAGGAGGCCUGUAAACUGGGGUAGUUCAAGAUGGCAGCGGCCGUGUUCCGAGCUUCGUUGCGGGGUUGGAGACCCAGCGUCCUGCCGGGCUGCGGGCUACGGCGGCUGAGCCAGACCCAGGGGCCUCCCGAUUACACCAGCUUCGUGGAGUCAGUUGAUGACUACCAAUUUGUGGAGCGUCUAUUACCCCCUACCAGCAUCCUAAAGCCCCCAAAGCAUGAACAUUAUCCUACUCCUAGUGGCUGGCAGCCCCCCAGAGACCCCCUGCCCAACCUGCCCUACUUUGUGCGGCGCUCUCGGAUGCACAACAUCCCUGUCUACACGGACAUCACACAUGGCAACCGCCAGAUGACUGUGAUCCGGAAGGUGGAGGGGGACAUUUGGGCCCUGAAAAACGAUGUGGAAGAUUUUCUGAGCGCACUGUUGGGGAAGACACCUAUCACCCAGGUCAAUGAGGUGACAGGUACCCUGCGGGUCAAGGGCUACUUUGACCAGCAGCUCAAAGCCUGGCUCCUAGAGAAGGGCUUCUGAGGCCCAGCUGAGCAGCCUGCAUGACAGCAUCCCUGACAGACUGGAUUCCAGGGGUUCUCAGGAGGGGGGUAUUGGAGCAAGCAGGAUCAGGGCUGAGCACUUGGGCAUGGUAGAGUUAAGGGCUAAAGGGCUUCAGAGCAGGCCUUGGUUGCAUAAAGAGGGAAAUGGGACCCUCUGCACAGGUCCCAGCCUUGGGGGAGGGCUAUCUAACAUUGGAUACCCACCAGAAACAGCUGAGCUAGUGGGGGGUAUUAGUUGCUGUCCCUCCCUGCCCCCCCAACUUUGGCCUGUUCCUGCCUUCCCUUCAGUGGAGCUCUUUGGGCUCAGCUAUUGUUUGUGGAGGUUGCUCACUGCCUUUUUGGUGGAAGCAGUAGCCCACCUAGUUUAGGAGAAGGUAGCACAGGACAGACCCAUUGGGCACAUUCCUCCCUUGGCCCUUAGACCCUCGCUGCUGCUGCUGUUCCCAAGCCCUUGCUCCAAGCCAGACAUGGCUUAGAGGCAACAGCAUAUGGAUGACUCAGACGUGGGUUCUGGAAGUCUUCAGUUCCAAGUGCAGUGCUGGGCACAGGGGCACAGAGUGCCCAUGUCAGCCUCUAGGCUCAUUCAUUUUACCCACGGAAAAGUAGAAGGCCCAGUCCCCUCUGCCCCAUGCCAGACCAGAGUUGGGCCUGACUGGGUUUCCAGCUCAGAAAAGCUAAGUGAUCAGCUUUAGCUCGUCUGCCCACAAGGGGGUGCUUGGGCGCUCCUGGCAGCCCAGCACAGGGCCGUCCUUCCCAGCUUGCUGACCUGGUGUCAAGGCUGCCUGCUUUGCAGGCAGGAAGGUGAUGGCCUUUUGCCUCUGCUGUACCAUCCCACCCCCAGCCAUUGAACCUUCACACUUGCUGUCACAAGGGCCAAAGGCUUGAGUUCCCAAACCCACCCCAGCAUCAGACUAAGACAGGCUUCAAAGCCUGCCUUCCCUGCUUGGUCUCUUAUCUUAGGCAGGGUAAUUAACCUUUGGGGGCUCAGUUUCUUCAUGUGUAAUAUGAGUAUCUCUUCCUAGUAGUUUAAUAACAAUGUGCCCAAAGACAGUGCUGGCUUGUAUAAGUAAACCCUCCCUCCUGGAGGUCGGUUCCAGGCCAUUCUCCAGUCUACAGCCUGAGCAAGAAAAAGGACUCCGGCACACCAAUCCUAUGACACCAGCUCCACCAAUCAUUAAUGCAAGUUUUUAUUUGGCUGUAUAUACAAUUUAAGCUAUUAAAAUUUGUACAAUAUUUACAAAUUAAAUAAUCAUCUGAAA